AUGUUUUUUGAUUCGCCGCUCUCUUUAAUCCAUGCAUCGCACAUGACUUCUGAGUACGUAGCCAGUCUUGAUGAUGAUGGUGUUCGCUACGAACUCGAGCGCCUUGGCUAUUCGGCUCCUCCUAUUGCUGAUGCCGUUAUGAGUAAGAUUCUUCGAAGAAAGUUGUUAAGACUUAUUGAUCCAUCUGCCGUUAUCGAUGACGUCAGGUAUGUCUCUAAUUUUAGCGAAUAUUUAGGCCUGAAACGGAAACCGAAUCGAGUUCCGAUGAACAAACAACUUUUCAGAGGCCUCAAGCAUGCCAGCUGCCUAAUCCAUAUUUAUCGAAACCAUAUACAGGCACUACCAAAAUCCGCUCGAAACUUCCUUUCGCUGCUAAGAUUAUCAUAUUCUUGCUCGUUAUAG